AUGCGUUUCAUCUUGUUCCCCGUCAUUCUUUCAUGCCUUGCACUUCUUUCCAGCAGUGCUCCGGUCCCAGCGCUCUCUGACGCCCACGAGAUCAUCGCUCGGUCUGCGUCUAACCCUGCUAUUCGCAGCAUAGCGCAGGCUGUACCCAGACUGUACGAACGUUCUGACGCGGAGAUCUCGAUCAAACUCGGGUCUGAGGAGUUUCACCUGAAGAAGCAUCACGCACAGGGCGAGAGCGGUUCAGAGGUCUACACAGUCACGUCAGGCCCACACGCCGGGGCCUUCGCCAAGAAGAAGAUCUCAGAGCAGGAAAUCGAGGCCACCACAGCCGUUGGCGACGCGAUCGCGAGCGGCAAGGAUCAAUCCGGAGGCCGCUGGCUCGUUAUCAAGAAGUCUCCCGGCGUAGAGAUUGAGCAUACCUCGAAGUACAUCAACGCGAAGUCGGACACGACCAAGUGCCAGGAGGUCGUCGCCGGAGCAAUCCACGUCGCGGUCGAGCAGAUCGUUGCAGUUGCGAAAGCUCACGAGUGGUUGCACGAUGACCCUCACACGAGCAACAUCCUGUUCAACGACCAGAUCACCCAGGCCCACUUGAUAGACUGGGGCAAGGCGAAGCACACUGGCGCCGCCAACGCAGCAGCGCUCAAGCUGCUCCUUGAGCAGCAGUUUUCCCACUUGUGCAAGUCAGCUGCUCCUCCGCCGCCUCCCCCCAAGAAGAAGGCUGGCAAGCGGGCCUACGAGCUCAUGUAUUGA